AUGCCGACCCCGCCCACGGCCCCGACACCGGCCGGGCGGCGCGACCACCAGCACCCAUUCGACCUCGAGACGCCGUUUGGUAAGAUCCAGCCCGUCUUUGAAGGGUUCAGCCUUGCGACACCUGGGUGGAUGCACGAGGACUCGACGCUGCCAUCGAUGGACGCUGAGCCGAGCGUUCGCCGCUCGCCCCGCCGUCAAUCCCGCAUCCACGAUGCUGAGCAACCCCAACCUAUUGUGCAGCCUACGCCUCGCCGCUCACCCAGGCGAUCGGCAUGGAUCCCAGACGACACUGAGGUCGAGCAGCCGACACCUCGCCGCAGUGCUCGGAGACGAACUACAGUGGCGCGCCUCGGAUUCCCCAGCAUGGGAGAUAGCACGAAGGAGAGCCUCGCCGCCAGUAUGGCGAGGAGCAGAUCUAUCUCCGCUGGGCCUUCGGAGGGAAGCCCAAGCAAGCCGGCUAAGAUGAGGGCAGAGGGAAGCACCGAACCGGAGAUGGAGAUGGAGCCGAGGGAGAGGGAAACCAGGACGCCGGCUGUCGCUGCGCGAGCGAUCCGCCAGACUCGCGCUUCGACCUCGACCCCAUCCUCCAGCAACGACCUGUACGAGCGUCGUUUACUCGACUCUGCACGACGGAGAACGCUGCUUCCGCUCCCGGGGCACGACUGGGCAGAGGAAGGACUCGCCUCGUCUACGCCAGCGCCUGUUAGAAGCAGGCGUCAGUCGUUCCGCCUCUCACCGGAGCACGAGCUCGUCUCUCCCCUUCCUCUCGCCACUACCGCCGCCCCUGAGCUAGCUCAGUCUACCGUGACACCACCAAUCGAAUCAGCCCCUACCGAGCCACCUCGUCCCCAAACACCUCAGCCUCCGCCGUCCCGCACAGCGCCGCAGCAGUCCACGCCGGAGAACAAGUUCGUGCUCCCACCCUGCGUUUCGACACGGAAGAAGCGCCGCAUGGCGUCACCGGACAAGCCGCUCUUCCGCACGAGCAUCGAGUCCGCCCCGGAGGCUCCGGCAGAGAGCAGCAAGCCGGCCCAACCAAAGUUCCUGGGAGAGCUGUCUCAGGUUCUCCACGCUCGCGCAUCAACGCCAGAUGAUGCCGCCGCCUUAGUGCCCAAGCCGGCGUCCCGUUUGUCGUCUUCUUCUUCGAAGGAAGGGUCGCACUCCUCAAGCACUUCGGGGAAGAGUAAGGUGAAACGCACCGUCAUCAAGGUCGGCGCUGGCGGCAAGAUUCGCACAAGCGCGCAUGCUGCCGAGCUCGUGGCCGAGCAGGAGGAGUCCUUACGCGUCGAGGCGUCCAUGUCCCUCGACCGAUCGCGGGACAAGUCGAUCGACAAGACUAGCGAGAUCGCAAACUGGAGCCGAAACGUCGGCAGCAUCCUGCCGACUGACCUGGGGUUGCGACGCUCUGAGUCGCUUCAGAGUUCGUCGUCGCGUUUGACCCGGCACGGCAACUCGUCCGAGUCGCGCGAGGGUACCCCUGUCUCGCUUGCGUCGCUGUCAUCCCUCUCGUCUCGCGACUCCCUCCCUGCGCGCCCGCAGAACCCGACGCCCCGCACUGCUUCUCCGCACAGGGACCACUUCGACUUGUCGACCUCAUUGCCACCGCGCCCCUCGGCGCCCGCGCUCUCUGACUCGUCGUUCUCGACCUCGGCGCCGAAGCGGCCCUCGAACCCCACGCCGACGCAUGCGCAUACCAUUCGAGCUUCCGAGAGCCCUGCUCCGACGAAAACGAAGCUGAGCAAGUCGGCCAGCGACGCGGAGCCCGCGAAACCUAAGCAGCCACUCACCAGCAGCAUCGACCGGCCUAUUAAGCGAUUCCCAGCGCGCAAGGCGGUGCCUGCUCCAGUCCCGGCCAAACCCGCUCGCUCGCUGCCGCAGCCCGUGGCGGCUGCGCCGAAGGUCAAGGCGCUGGCGAGGAAGCGCCAGUCCUCCGACCCGCCUCGGCCUCAGACCUUCCCCGCACGUGUGCGCAACGGCCCGCCUGUCUUGACACCGGCGAAGAAGACCUCAAAACUUGCGCCGAAGACUCGGUUGCCUGUUCCCGCUCCCACCGCUCCCACCGCUCCCGACUCGACGGAGCCCAGCGCGAAGCGCGCUAAGGUGACUCCUGUCGAACCCGAGGAGCCGGCUGGAUCGACCACGCCGCCGCACGUUGUCGAGGCACUGGCGACACCUAGGAGGCACAGUGUCACCGUUCGUCGCACACCGAGGGGCACUACUCCGCGCCGCACCCCCGCGCCGAUUAGCGAUUGGCCCGAGCUCGGUCUUAACAAGGAGCAGACCGCAUUCACAUUCGAGCAUAGGCUGCGCCAAGCCGCCGAGGAGAGCCCCGCCGUCGACCCUCCCAGCAUCUCGUACCCUUCCUACCCAUCAUACCCUGCGCAGUCCGCACGUCGCGAGUCGUACGCUACCGACACCGACUCUGACGACGACGAGAUGGAGAUCGAAGAGGAGGAGGAGGAGGGAGCAGACCUGCUGAACCCUAUGGAGGAGUUUGACAUCAUCCGGCCCCACGGACAGGAACUCAGUGCCGUGCUCGAGGUCACGGAGGGAGAGGUGAGCGCGCUGUCGCAGCGCUCGGCUUUCACGCCGCUCGGGCGGCCCCCGCAGGCUGUUGUGCCUCCGAUGCAUGAGUCUGAGGACGAGGAUGAGUACGACGAAGAGCCGACGCCGAAGGCCAUCGUCAUCGACGAGCCGGCCACAAAGCCUACCGCCGAGCUCGAGGUGGAGCCUGAAGCUGAGCCUGAGCAAGACGCCGAUACUUCUGCCUCGUCUGGCUCAUCGGGCGACUCAUCACUUCGCCGCCUCGGUGAGGGCGUGCUUGGCUUCUUGGCGGGCUUAGUCAGCACGCCUGCACCUGCCGCUCCAGCUGCCACCGCGCCUGCCCCUGUUAUGGCCCCGACCGUCCCGGCUGCUGUCCAAGGUGCCAAUAAGCAGGCUAAGCCUGUUCGUGUCAUCAAGAACAAGCCUGUGCGUGCGAAGGGCAAGGAGAACGCAUCUGUCAAGCCGCGUACCCGCCCGGAGUCCAAGCCUCAGCCGGUCAAGACUGGCGAGACCAAGAAUAAGGAUAUGCCGCGGUACGCGCUCGCCACCGCCGCUGUCCGUGCGCAUGGGCAGGAGAAGCAACCCACUGAGAAGCGCAAGCGCGACGCGGGCUCGCCUCAGCGUAACGUGCGGCGUAAGGUGCCCGCUGCCUCUGCUCUGUCCACCCGCCCGCUGCGCUCCUUACCUCGAGCUCCUCUCGGCUCAGCUCCCAAGGAGACAGCUUCUGCGUCAUCUCGCCCGAUCAAGUCGAUGCCGAGUACCCGAUCUUCCGGUGCGGCCGCUCGCUCUACCGGCGCAUCUCGCUCUGUUAGUGCCACGAGUGCAGCGAGCUCGAGCAGCAGCACAUCGCGCGGCCCCCGCACCGGCUCGACCGUCACUGCGUUCACGGCUGCGGCGCUUGCGCGUCUCCCGAAGCCGGGAGAGACAAAGGCGAAGUCGUCCCCCGUCAAGAUCCGCGAUCUGGAGCGCGCGCGUGACCUUGCAGUCCGUAAGGCGGUGUUCGAGCGCUUCCAUCCCGACGCCGAUGUUUCGCUCUCGAACAUGUCGUUUGGUUCAACUGCCCCUACUCAACCCACUCCUGCACCUCUCGGCGAGUCGUCUUCUUCCAACACCGGUACGACUUCUCGCCCGAUGCCCCCCACGCUCAACGGCAAGGCGAAGAACUUGACGGUUCCAAUGAGCGGCAAAACACCGGGCAAAGCUAGCAAGAUGCGCGCGGCAAGCCGAGCCAAGUUCGACGCCAAGGUUGCGCGCAAGGCUGCGCUGAAGGCAAAAGAGGACGAGGAGCGCGAGCGUAUCCGUCGCCAGGUCGAGGAGGAGAUGGACCGCGAGCGGCGCCGCGCGACGGUUAUUCGCGCCCGGCCUCUGCCGGAGAUGUACAGGGCCGUCAUCACCGGCGCUUCGUCCGGUAUCGGUGCCUCGACCGCGAUCCUGUUCGCGAAGGCUGGUCUGAACCUGGUCCUGCUCGCGCGCCGUGAGGACGCUCUUCAGAAGGUUGCUUCGGACGCGACCGCCGCUGCCAAGGAGUUUGGUUUCACUCCCCAGAUCACCGUCAAGACGCUCGACGUCAACGACCGCGCUGCCGUCGACGCUCUCCCGAAGGCGCUCCAGGACGCUGGCGUCAAGAGCUUCGACGUGCUCGUCAACAACGCCGGCGGUGCCGUCGGUACUGAGCGUGCGGGCGACGUUCAGCUGAAGGACAUCGACUUCAUGGUCGACACGAACCUCGUCUCGCUCAUCCAGAUGACGCAGGUCUUCCUCCCGACGAUGCGCAAGCAGGACUCGGGCCACAUCAUCAACAUUGGCUCGCUCGCUGGCCGCGAGGCCUACGUCGGCGGCUCGGUGUACUGCGCCGUCAAGCACGCCGUCAAGGCGUUCACGCAGAGUCUCAUGAAGGAGCUCGUCGACACGGGCAUCCGCGUGUCCGAGGUCGCGCCCGGAUUCGUCGAGACCAACUUCUCCGUCAUCCGCUUCCGCGGCGACGAGGACAAGGCCAAGGCCGUCUACAAGGGCUUUGAGCCGCUCGUCGCCGAGGACAUUGCCGAGGAGAUUGUCUGGUGCGCGCUCCGCCCGCCCCACGUCAACAUUGCCGAGCUCUACGUCCUCCCCGUCGCUCAGGGAUCGGCCACCAUCAUCCACCGCAAGCAGUAA